ACUUUGCCCCUGCUAUCUAAUGCAUUUCCCUGUUUAUUAACAUUUAUAUAAUUGAUGAAUUGAACUUAAAUGUUUAUAUGUUUAUGAUGAUCACGCGUCAGUAGCUUCACGAUCUGUGUUCCUAGAGUCGGAGAAUUGUUGAAUGUGUUUGCGAAUUUUGAGGUGAUUGUUCGCUUCUAGUUCAAAGAGUGGUACUUCUUGUUUUGAUAACUCUGAGAAAUGGGAGGAGGAAAGGAUAACCAUGAUGAACAAGACAAGGGGUUGUUUUCUCAACUUGGUAAUUUUGUUUCUGGACAGUAUCCUCCACAACAUGGGGCCUAUCCCCCACAACAUGGGGCCUAUCCCCCACAACAUGGAGCCUAUCCCCCACAACAUGGGGCUUACCCUCCACAGCCUGGGGCUUACCCUCCACCACCUGGGUCUUACCCUCCACCACCUGGGGCAUAUCCUUCUCAAGGCUAUCCACCAGCAGGUUAUCCUCCCCAAGGAUAUCCACAAGGGUAUCCCACUCCAGGGCAUUCACCAGCUGCUUAUCCUAGUCCAUCUACUCCACAUCAUUCAGGACAUGGAUCUGGUAAUAUUGGGUCAAUGUUAGCUGGAGGAGCUGCAGGUGCGGCACUUGGUUAUGGUGCUAGUCAUUUGUUACAUGGAUCUUCUCAUCACAUGCCACACGGAGCUGCUCAUUACGGAUAUGGUGGUCAUUAUGGUCAUGGCGGUCAUUAUGGUCAUGGCAAGUUCAAGCACGGGAAGCAUGGCAAGUUCAAGCAUGGGAAGCAUGGCAUGUACGGGCAUGGAGGGAAGUUCAAGAAGUGGAAGUGAUAAAGUUUGCAACACCAUUUACAUAAAAACUGCAAUUUAAGAUUACUAGUCUUAACUUAUGUGGUAGUAGAGAUAAUAAUGUCCUAUACAUAAUUGUCCCCUACACAAUGUGUUCUAUGAAUUUAUGAGCUUGUUGGAAGUGACUAAGUGAGCAUUCAUGCCUUUUGGUGGUUUUCUUAGUAUUACAACUUUGGUAGUUUUUCAUUUCAUGUUUGAUUUGAGAAUGCGAUUCAGCCUCCACAUUGUGAAAAUUAUGGGCUGUAAUAAAAGCUGCAAAGAUUAUGUA